AUUCCUACGACAUUAGCAUAAAAUAAGCAACGUCGUUUUAAAUAAUAUUACGGCUGCUGUACAUUUUAUUUAUUUCAGUUUGUCAUUAUCACAGAAUACACUCAUAGUCUCCUGUAUACGUGAAUGUGUGCCGUUAUUAUAUGCGCUGCUACAAGGGGAGGAGGAGGGGUUGGCGCCCACCUGUUGAUUGUUGCUGUCACCUGUGUAGCCCACCUGUGUGUGCACCGGUGAGUUUUAAAGCCCUCUCAAACACUUAAGAAGAAGAAGUGUGUACCGAGUAAGAUGACCAUUCAAGAACAAAUUUGUAAGUGGGUCUGGAUAGGGUGGAACUACCUGCUGCUGUAUUUGCUUGGGGCUUGGUACAUGCUGAAAGAGCUCUGCCAGUCACACAGGGCACCCUCAGGUAUCACAAACCAAAAGGGCAGAGUGGCUGUGGUUACUGGAGGCAGCCGAGGAAUCGGUUUGGAGACUGUUCGACAGUUCCUACAAUUAGAGAUGACUGUUGUCAUUGGUGGCAGGGAUGUGAAUUCACUGGAGGAGGCUGUGUCGAGACUGCGUCAGGAAGGAGUGAAAACUGGGGCGACAAAGUGCCUUGAAUUGGACCUUUGCAGCCUAGCUUCUGUCCGUCGGUUUGCUAAGGAAUUCACUGACUUGGGCCUGCCUCUCCAUGUUCUGGUGAAUAAUGCGGGCAUCAUGUUUUGGCCAUGGAUGGUGACAGAAGAUGGUCAUGAACACCACUGGGCUGUUAACUACCUGGGUCAUUUUUUGCUCAGCCACUUGCUUGCUCCUCACCUGGUUAAGAGCACUUCCAAGGACUCACCUUCACGUAUAGUCAGUCUGUCCUCCUCAGUCCAUUACAUUGGUGCCAUCAACUUCAGUGAUAUUAAGAAUGAAAAGCACUACAACCCACAUAAAGCCUAUGCACAGAGCAAGCUGGCACAGUUGAUGUUCACCAUCACUCUCAAUGAACGCAUGACCAAACAAGGAGUGUUGGCUCUUGCUGUGCAUCCAGGUGUUGUGGCCACUGAACUCUUCCAACAUGUGUUGUGGGCAAAAACCUUCCCUAAAAUAGCUUCUACAUUUCUGAAGACGCCCAGCCAAGGAUCAGACACAGUGGUACAUGUGGCCUUGUCACACGAGUUGAAGGAGGGUGGCCAGUAUUAUGAGAACUGCUGUCCUACUCGGCCUGCUGCAGCAGCCCUAAAAAGUGAUGACAGAAACAGAUUGUGGGAUUUGACAUGUCAUCAGCUUGGGAUUCAAGAGUUUGGCAAGGCUUGAAGAGCAAUUGUCAUGGUUAUGGAAAGGAGGAAGUCUAUGGGAGGAACAGAAAUGUACAGUGAAUAAAAAACAGGUAAGAAGUAACGCUGGGGACCAACCUAGAACCCUAACUUGUGCAGGUGAAUUAAAGAAUGUGUUUUCUUCAAAUGUCAAGUUACUGAUCAAGAACAAAAUGAAAGGAAAUUAACCCCU